CACCAUAGCUCUGCGUUACGUCUUAUUUUGAUGAGAAAUGCAGCUACAAGCAUUUAACCAAUCGCGUUGCAAGCCAGCCGGCUUGGUGCGCGGCAGCCGCCACGCUUUCAUCCCAAUUCGUUGCAGUGCCGCAUCUUCUUAUAGCUGCAAUGCAGCUUCUAGCUCUUCUGCUGGCCGCCUUCCCUUGACACGCCCAGCCCGGCCGUCCAUGGGGGCGCCAAGGCCCCUGCGUCGGAGCACUCCUAUCUGCCAGUCCGUUGCCAACGGGAAGCUUAUCUCAAGCACUGAAGUGCCAGCAUUCAUUCCACGUGAUGACAUGAUGGAUCAAUUGUUCCGGUGGAGCAUGAUGGAGGCUGGCGAGAGUGGCCAGCGCAACUUUGGCAUGCCCAUGACAAUUGCGCCAGUCUACUAUGAGGAGCGGCUAUGGGGCUUCAAUGUGUCGAUCUUCAAGGAAGGCGUCAAGCUGACGGACCUGGGCGUCAUGUUCGAUAAGAACGCUGUCACCAAGCAUGAGUGGGUUGGCCGCGGCGAGGACGGUUUCCCGGUUAUGGAGGGCAAGUCCGAUGAAGUCAAGGGGAAGAACUUUGAGAUCUGCCCAUUGUUUCACUCUCAUGUGAUCACAACAGCGCCCUUUCACAGCGAUGAGGAUUGUAUCGCAACAGGACGUAUGUAUGUAUGUAUGUAUCGCAACAGGAAACUGGACAGCGACCCCGUCACCGAGGACCUCCGCGCAACCAUCCGCGCGUACUGCACGGCGCUGGUCGCAGCCUUGAACCGCUACUACGCCUUCGGCUCGGUCUUUGUGGAUGACGCGCAGUAA